AUGUCUGCAACUUUUCCUGAAUUCAAACUCAGGAUUUGUUUGCUCUUAUGUAUAAUUGGGACAGGUUUUGCUGAUUCUGCUAAUGAUUUACGCCCAGACUUUUAUAAGUCACAAUGUCCCCAAGCACUUGAAGCCAUUAAGGCAGAAAUAACCUCUGCUGUGAGGAAAGAACCUGCAAUGGGUUUAGUCUUCUUCCGUCUUCAUUUCAUUGAUUGCGUUGUCCAAGGAUGUGAUGCAUCAAACUUGUUAAAAGACACAGCAAAUUUCACGGGCGAACAAAGUGCCAUUCCUAGUCUUGAUUCUAGAAAUGGUACGGAUAUCAUAGAGAAGAUAAAAGCUAGAGUGGAGAAACUGUGCCCUGGUGUUGUCUCUUGCGCUGACAUUGUAGCUUUUGCUGCGAGAGAUUCCGUUGUUGCAGGAUGGAAGUAG